UGAGCUUUGAAUUUCAUGAUUUUCAUGUGUCACAAAAUGUCUUUAAAAAUGUUUUUUAGCCAUUUAAAAAUAUGAAAUCCAUUCUUAUAGCAUGACUGCAUAAGAAUGGGCAGUGGGCCCAACUUUGGCCUGUACUCUCUCUAGCGUGUUGAUCCUUGUGUUAGGCAAAUAAAUGACUGUCAUGAUGCUGAAAGCUUAGCAUUACUGGAAUAGAUGUUCUUAGGACAAUGCUGUUGGUGACACUGUCUUGUUUUAUAGGUGACACUGAUGAUAAAAAUCGUUCAAGAAUUUAGAUGUGACAUCUGCAGCAGGUUCAAAUCUCUCAGCUAUAAGACAAACUGGAUACUUCGUAAAGAUUUUCAUCUGUUAUGCCCAGAGAGCCCAAAUCCGUUACUGAAAUUGUCAGUGUGAGCUGCCUGCUGGGUCCAGUGAUGCACUAGUAGACAAAGAAGUUGAAAAAGAAGGCUGGCAUAUUCUGCGGAUGACUGGCAGAGUGUGACACCAAUAUGGCAUCAAGCCCUACUAUGAUUCCAAGGACUUCUUGACUAAAUAAAAAUUAUUAUUAUUAUUAUUUUUUUUUUUGGUCAGGGUGGGAAUGGGAAUGUUUGAAGUAAAUUUGAUUCUUUCUUGGGUGACUAUGUAAUGUUUUAUCAUUUUGUAAAGACACAUGGUAAUUGCUUUGGGAAUCAAAGAAUCAAACCCUAAAGAUCUUAUUUAUGGAACUUACGUAGUUAUUACCUUUUAGUAGUGGAUUCUGUUACUCUGAGGGGACAUACAGUAAAGAAAAGCAUUUGCUUACUUAAAAGAACUAACCUAAAAAGGUUAAUUUAAGGAUGAUGAUUUUCCCAUGGAAAAUUUUUGCUUAGGGGAUUCUUGAAAUUUUGUUUUCCCUUAGAGUAUUAAAAUAUAUUUCUAUUUGCAAAAAGCUACUAUACCCAGAAUUUUCUAGAAAACAUUCUUUUGUGCAGGUUCUUGAACUCAGUAGUAAGUAGAAAAUCACAUUGUACAGUGUUUGCCUAGAAUAGUUGAAUUAAUAUCUUCAUGCCUGUUAACUAAAUGCACUUAAAGUAAUUUAGCGAGCAGGUGUGAACUGGAAGUAAACCCAUGUAUUUUCUAAAACUAUUAGAUCACAAGAAAAUAGGAACAUCAAAGUAUUCUCUGAACCAAAUCAGUAUUUUAUUUGGUUAAAAUUAUUGCUUUUGGUAUUAUACCAGUUACAGAGGGUUUCACAGCAGUGCUGGGAAAAGAGGUGGGUGGAUUCCCUCAAAGUUGAAUUCCUCUUUUUCCGCUGUGAAUCUUCAAUAUUUUUUUCAUUUUAGCAUUCAACAAAAACUCUGGCAGCCCAAGUUAUAGAACAUGGAUUACAUUUUAUAUAGUUCAUACAGCUCAUCUACAAACAGAAAAGAUUCCCUCAGGACUUACCUUGAAAUCUUUAUUCACGGCAUAUAGUAUUGAGUUUGUUAGUGUGUCACUGUCACUCCUGCAUGUUUUUGGUCAGAGCACAGUGCAACUAUCUUAGCAUCCUGCCAGGAAAAAGAUAUGCAGAAAAAAGAAGUUACAUCUAAUUUACAAGUCAGAUUAGAGAUCAGAAUCAUAGGAUAGCUUUAUGUGCAAUUGAUUUCAUUUCAUGGUUUUAGCUAGUUUUUCAUUGAAGCAGUGCCUAUAACUGAAAGAAAGGUGUAUUGUAGCAUUUGAAUGCUUUAAACGCUUUUGAAUCUGGAAAGAAAGGGAAGUUCUUAUAGAUGUUUAGAUAGAGGAACUCGGGGAUUUUGAAAUAAAAUAUUGGCAUUUGUUUAUUGUGCCAUAGUUGAAUUGCCCUGUGGAUUGCAUUUGGGAUUAUUGUGAUUAAUACAUGGAAAACUGCUACCUUCAAACAUAAGGCACUUUAGGAAAGACUGUGAUUGUGUGUACAUGUGUUUAAAGUAACAAACACCUUUUCACUUUAGAAGUAAGAUGUUCAUAAUGAGAACUAUGUAUAUUUAACAUUGGUAGACUAUUCAAAUCAGGAAUUGUGGACUUCUGGAAAUUUUAUGUACGGGGUGGGGACAGUAAACCAUACUUUGUUGAUUGUUUUUUGUUUUUACCUUUUCAAAGUAUGAAAGAAGGAAGAUGGCGUAAACAUGACUUGACAAGUUACAGUUAUUCUUAGUUUGCCUGUUCUUACUGAAAUAAAGAAGACAGCUCAUGAAAUCUCCAGCCCCUAUUUGCAACCAUUUGGGACCAAAAUCAGGGAAUGCAAAAUGGAGUGGAAAGUACAUAGUGUUCAUCUUCCCUCAACUUUCCCUACCAUCAGAUCUCCAUCAGAGUGGUACAUGUGCAUUAACCAGAUCGGACAUGUGUAAAGAGAAAGAUCAGUAUCUCUAUAUUAUCAGGGUGAAGAUUUAAAAGAGCCAAUGAGUAUCCUCAUCAUCGAGGCAUUUUAUGGAGGGUCCCAUAAACAGCUGGUGGAUCUGCUCCAAGAAGAACUAGAAGACUGUGUCCUUUAUACGCUUCCUGCAAAGAAAUGGCACUGGAGAGCACGGACAUCAGCAUUAUACUUCUCUCAGAAUAUUCCUGUCAGUGAGCAUUACAGGAUCCUCUUUGCAAGCUCAGUGCUUAACCUGACCGAACUGGCUGCCCUUCGGCCUGACCUUGGGAAACUGAAAAAGAUUCUAUACUUCCACGAGAAUCAGUUGGUAUAUCCUGUCAAGAAAUGUCAGGAGAGGGAUUUCCAAUAUGGAUACAACCAAAUUCUCUCAUGCUUGGUGGCUGAUGUGGUAGCAUUCAACUCGGUAUUUAAUAUGGAAUCAUUUCUCACUUCUAUUGGAAAAUUUAUGAAGCUGAUUCCUGAUCACAGACCCAAGGAUCUGGAAAGCAUCAUCAGACCCAAAUGCCAAGUUAUUUACUUUCCCAUCAGGUUUCCCGAUAUAAGCAGAUUCAUGCCCCAGCACAAAACAGCCCAUUUGCAGAAGAUGCUCAGCCUCAAAGGAAAUGGUGGUGCGCCUCGAUCCAUGGCUCUUCCUUUCCAACAAGAGCAGAGAAGUUCUGAGGAUGUUUUAAAGAAUUCUGUCUUACAAUCUGGACCUUGCAAUGCUGCACUGCAAGAAAACCUGGGUAGCUCAUUAAUGCAGAAGUCAGACUUGAAAGUAUGCAACUCGGCAGAUCAUUCAAGCUCUCAUCGUGGGGAAAAUAAGCUAAAUUUGGCUGUUAAUCCCCGUGAUGUUUUGGGUGGAGCUGAUGAUCAGCAAAGACCACUGCACCUUGUCUGGCCUCACAGGUGGGAACACGAUAAAGAUCCAGAGAGUUUUUUUAAGGUAUUAAUGCAUCUGAAGGACUUAGGACUCAAUUUCCAUGUAUCUGUCCUUGGAGAAACCUUCACAGAUGUCCCAGAUAUAUUUUCAGAGUCCAAAAAGGCAUUGGGAUCGUCUGUCUUACAUUGGGGCUACUUACCCAGCAAAGAUGACUAUUUCCAAGUACUGUGCAUGGCUGAUGUUGUCAUCUCAACAGCUAAGCAUGAAUUCUUUGGAGUGGCAAUGUUGGAAGCUGUGUAUUGUGGUUGUUACCCACUUUGUCCCAAAGAUUUGGUUUAUCCUGAAAUAUUUCCAGCUGAAUAUCUGUAUUCUACACCUGAACAGCUUUCAAAAAGGCUCCAGAAUUUCUGCAAGAGACCAGAUAUUGUAAGAAAACAUCUCUAUAAGGGUGAAAUGACUCCCUUUUCCUGGACAGCCCUAUGUGGUAAAUUCAGGUCUCUGCUUACAACAGAACCUAAGGAAGAUUUGUGACAGAUGGGGCUAAGUCACAAACUUGCAGCCUAAGGCAGAAUCUGUAGAACUUUCCAGAGUGUGCCCAUAUUUACCUGAUCAGAGAGAAAAGAAAAUCUGCAGAGGAAGCUGAGCCUGGCUGCUUGUCAUAGCUGACACAGAGCCAUCUGCCACAAACCUGUGGCGGCUUCAGAUCUCCAAUCCCUGCCACCACCCCAACUCAAAUUAAAUACAGAUUCCUAGAGACGUUAUGAUGGUUACACAUGUCCUCGGCAUCACAUGGAGGAGACUGUUCAAAAAAAAUAUGUGGCCUGUUGUAUAACCGCACUCAUGUAUCCCAUAUGUGGUGCCACAUUGAAUUUCCGGUUGAAUCCAUUUUUAUCCUUUGUACUGGAUGACAUGGUGCCUGAAUUCUUUCUUUUCGCCGACACGAUGGCAGCCAAACUGCAGCUUCAAACGCUCGCACUUGGCUGGGAUUCUACCUAGGUUGCCAGGUUAUCAUCGGAGCCUUCUUGUGUCCUCCGAGGGCCACAGGAACUGAAAGGAAGCUCAGAAUGCAACUGGACUAAUUGGGCAGCCCUCUCAGAGGAGGUUGUGGGCCAAGGGCUGCUCUAGCACUUUUCUUUUAGCAAAUUAAUGACUCUCUGGCACAGGGGUUUUAAAGUGAAGGUAUUAAUAAGGGGUCUGGCAGGUAUUCCCAUGAUUCACUUACAUUUGCAUUUAAUUUAUCUCUAAGAAAGUUGCAAGAUAAACAGCUGUAAUUCGGACAAACACAGGAAAUACACUAAGUGGAGCCAUCUCACCUAGAAAAUGAACACUGAGGUAUUUGUCUUCCUUUUUUUACAGGGUUAAAAAUGCUUCUUACAAAAUCAGUUAUUUUGAUAUAAAUAUUCUUCUAAAAUAUUUGCAUCCCGCUACAAAUACAAUCUUUACACGAUAAAUCACUUAUGAUUCCAGUAGUCAAGCUGCUGUAUUUGUUGAUGUAAAGAUGUUUUGAACAGCUAGAUUGUAAAAUAAAUUUUUAAUAAAGUGCCCACUGCAGUUUUUAAUUAACAUAUCUCAUUUACGUGUAAGUGUGUACAUCUAUCUGUAGGUUUCUCGCGGAACACUUUCCUUGUGUCAGAGACAACGAAUACAAUUGUUUCUUUCCGGAUGAACAAGGAUCUGUUUUGCAAAUGUUUGCAAGAUAUUAUGACAUUUCCAAGAUUUUCUUUGCAUUCUGGAAAGCAGGAGGUAAACAUUUGUAGUCAUUAAGGUAAAGUCUGUUGAUAAACCAUCUUCUGUUUACUGACAGGUAAAUUGUAACUUUCCUAGCUUUUGAAAUGAGUAACUUCUAUUCACUGCCAGAGUGAGGAGCGGUCAGGAAGAAGAGGGUUGACAAGGGCCAGUCCGGGUCUCUGGCUUCUAAAAGAAUUAUGUGGUCUGCGGGCAUGUGAGAUAGUGUGGGCAGUGGUUCAGGGGUCUGAUCGGACCCAUUUAAGAGGUAGCAAAAUCGUUAGCAGGAGAUAGAGCAAGGUCAGAGAGCCUUGAGAUAAUGGCAGUCUUGCAGAUCAAAGAAACCAGGAGUUCUGAGUCCAGGAGGCCUGGGAAUUUAAAAGCAGGAAGCGUAAAAAACAGAAACAACAACUCUAUCACUGCAUAGAGAGUCCUCUCCAUAACUAGUAUAAGAGCCAUAAUGUAUGAUGAGACAUCACAGCACUGGUCCCCAGCCCUAGCUUUCAGGGACACAUCACUGAAUAAAUUGCCUUCUCACCAUUAAAAUACAGGAUUUAGGGAUUAUUUCAGAAGUCCUGAACCAAGACUGAGGAGUUUCAAAUCUAACAGAUAUGCUCCUUUUGAGAGGAAAAGUUAAGAUAUAAAUGUGCUUAAGAGGUUCUCAGACACUGCUCCUGGGCAGGGCUUAUAUUCUAAUUAGAUGAACUAGACCAGCAAAUUUGCUUCAGUCACAGAGGUGCUAUGUCGUAGAUGACAUCUCAAAAUUCUAUAAUCCCACAGCCAAGAAGUUCACUAUGUUUUUCUGUUCUGGAAAUAACGUGUUCAUAUUUUGUAGUGGACAAGAUAUUAUAUGCAUAACAACUAUCCAUAUAUGUUUUUGUCAUUUGAGGGGCAAAAAGACUAGUUCCCUUUAAGAUACUACAUCUAAAACAUUUAAAUAUUUUGCUGAUUUUGGCAAAUACAAUAUUAAAAAUUAUCUGUGUACAUAAUUUUUUUUCUAUAACUGUAAACUCAGAUCAAAGUUUGUCUUUAGCUGUGCCCAGCAUACCUCCCACAGGAAAAUUUACAUUGUAUGUAACAACAUACAUUUAUAGAGGUGUGAACAUAUACACCUAAAGCAUAGAUAAUGCUGUAAAUCAGCAAUACCUCAACAAACAUAAUUUCAAAAAAAAAAAACAGAACUAGCACAUGAUUCAGUAAUUCCACUUCUGGGUAUUUAUCUGAAAAACACAAAAUACUAACUUGAUAAGCAAUAUACACUCCAUGUUUAUUACAUCUUUAUUUAUAAUAGCCAAUGCACAGAAACCAACUUUGUCUAUCCAUGGAUGAAUGGAGAAAGAAAAUGUGAUACAUAUACAAAUGUGUAGACUUUAUAUUCUAUUAUAUAUGUUAUAUAUAAUGGAACAUUAUUCAGUCACUAAAAAGAAGGAAAUUCUUCAUUUGUGACAACAUGGAUGGACUUUGAGGGCAUUAUGUGAAGUGAAAUAAGUUAGACAAAGACAUAUACUGUAUGAAGUCACUUAUACAUGGAAUCUAAAAAAAAAUUUGAAAAAGACAUAAAUGGAAAAAAAGUUUACAUUUAAUUUGCCCCUUCCUAAAACUAUUGCUGUCAGAUUCAGUAUUGGUGCAAAGGAGAAAUAAAGUCUAGCAAAUGUGUAAUUCCUGAACAUUUGAAAAGAUACCUAUCUGUGUGCGUGCAUAUGUGCAUUUCUUAAUACCCAUGAUAGGGUGGACUGGGAUGUAAUUAAGUAAGUUAACACAUAUUUUGUUGCAGUUAGAGGAUAAUUGAGAAUACGAAUUAAUAGCUUUAAUUCCUAGUCCUGUUUCCUUCACUUUCACUAAAGAAAUCAAAAACUCCCAUUAUUUCUUGUUUUGAGUACAGUUGUUGAAAAUUUUGGUCUUUGGUUUAUCAUUCAAUUCUGUUAAUUUUAUUCUUUUAAAAUAAAUCGAGAUCGUUUUAUUUUAAAUAUCUUUAAAAGCCUGCCUGUUACCAAGACCUUCAUACAAUGUACAAGAUGCUUGCCUUGAUUUACCUAAUAUCCAUUUCAGACUACGUGUUUCUAUCAUAAGUAACAGAGUACUUGGCUCUUAACCUACUCAUUUACACCAUGUUGAUCAUAUAUUUAGGUCAAAAGAUCUAUAGACCACGUGCGUUUGAAGCACACUUCAAAUAUAGUUAAGUUUGAAUGUCCAGUUCUUACUCACAAUUCUUCAGACGUGUCACAUAAAGAUGGCAGCAGAAUCAGUAGUCAAUGGGAACUCUCAUCCAUAGAGGGCUGCAUCAAUUCAUUUCAACACCUUGAAAUGCAUCUGGAAGCAA